ACCGCGACCACGUUUCGUUUGAGAGUGUCAAUCCAUAGGAUACAGUCUCCAGAGAAAAAACUUUGUUUUAUAUUUGGCCAAAGAAAUGGCAGAAGAAGAGAUAAAAAGAGUUUGCAGGGAAUGGAUGUCAGCACGCAAAAAAACAAUUCGCGAGCUACGAAGACUGGCAGAUGAUAUAAACGCCAUUACUAAAGACAGCAGAAUUGCGAGAGUAGCUGGAGCUAGCACAUCUGUGCUUGGGGGAAUAAUAGCUACAGGAUGUCUCAUAGCGGCACCAUUUACGGGGGGUAUUUCACUGCUGCCAGCAGUAGCAGCCGGAGCAUUUGGGGGUGCAGGAGCUGUUGUUACAAUUGGCACCAGUAUUGCAAAAACCUUGCUUGAAAACGGAAAAAUAACAGAGGUUCAACGGUAUCUUGACGAGGACAAGAAGUUCACAGAAAUUCUUAUUUCAGACCUUCAAAAAUAUGCCGAAUAUACCGAAGCCGCUUUAAAAGGAACGAGAGCAAUGACGGCAGGAGCAAAGUUUUUGAUUAGACUCGCUGGGGUAGGAGGAGAAGGAGGGGCACAAGGCUUAAGGUUUAUUGCAAGAUUUGGCAAAGCGAUCGGCAUCGUCCUAUCAGUUGCAAUUUUACCGUUCGAUAUCUAUGAGCUUGUGAAAUCUGCCAUCGAUAUCCACAACAAUAAUCCCUCUGAAGCUUCAAACGAGGUGCGGAAGAUAGCCUCCCAACUUGAGGGAGACUUAAAAAAAAUAGAGCAAGCAUACAGAGAAUCCUUUUGAAAAAGCAGAUUGACGUUUCGAAUGCUAACAAUAAGUACGAACAUCAAUACCGAUUAAUACAUUAAGAUUGUGUUCGCUUUUUUGUAGAAUUAAUACACACACUAAUAUCUAUCUAUCUAUCUAUCUAUCUAUCUAUCUAUCUAUCUAUCUAUCUAUCUAUACGUAUAUAUUGUAAUAUAUGUAUCUACACGGAUUCAGUGAAAUGGAAAGAGCUGCUU